CAGAAAACUCAGAUUCUUAACCCAAAGUUUCAUUCUUAGGAAGUGUACAAGAAUGGAGAAGAAGCAGAGGUCAGGCUUAUCAGAGUUUCUCAGCUCCUAUGGAACAGGUGUAAGAAUGGUGGAGAAAUUCCAUUUCUAGCACUUCGGAAGAAAAAAAUGAAUUGCUAUUUAGGAAGGACCCAUUACCAAAAAUGAUUGUGGAGCAGGAGACCGUUCUAGAGACUGCUUUAUAUUGAUGUUUUAUAUACAGAGGUAUGUACCAUACAGAUCUCUUCCAUAAUGAAGCGCCUAACUACUCAUCACCUGGAUGUACAUGUCUUUCCACGCUUUCUAGGUUUAUUCCAGCGAUGUCGGUCUACCCCUCCACCACCUGAUGCUCCACCUAAGGGCCAGCUUCGUCUUCGCUCCGUGCCUGGAGCUUUUGUAUUCCUAGGGAUUCUUCUUGUUUUAAUAGGACUUAUCGUGGCUGUGAUUGGCUACUGGCCCAACAAACCUAGCAGCCCUUCACCAUCCAUCCCACCCCCACAGCCUCGACAAUCUGUAGAGAAGAUGAAACUGAUUGGUCCGGUUAUAAUGGGAUUUGGGCUAUUUGUGUUUAUUUGUGCCAAUACACUUUUGUAUGAAAAUCGGGAUAUGGAAACAAGAAGACUUCUCCAAAACAGAAUAGUUACACAAGGACCUACAGACAUCGCUAUAUCUGUGAGCAGUGGGGUUAAAGUGCAAGCUCAGAAUACAUGGAGUGACAGCUCUGGGGAGCUGGACAACAGAAGGAACAUAUUAAUCAGGGCGCAGCUUUUGUGCCCACCCAUAAAUGACUUGUCUGUAUCUCUUGUGAGCCUGCACUCGGAUCCAUGUAUUUCAUCCUUACCACAGCUGGCAGGCAGGCUUAGACAUAAGGAGCAUGAAAGGUGCUACAGCUCUGAUAUCAGGCUGAACAUAGGGGAGAGAACCGCAAGAGAAGGGGCUGCUAAUGUACCCCACAGGGGUACCAAAUGUCGAAGCUGGCCAAGGCUGGAGAAUGGAGAAGAGAAUUGCACAGAAGUACUUGUUACUACAGAGAACGAAUUAGAUGGAACUAGAGAAAGCAGCCAAGAGACUGUGCCUGAAGUGGCCUAAAUCAAUCUAUAGCUUCAUUUUUCUGUCAAUUGACCAACACUUUCCAAGAAAAGUCAGGUUUAAUACAUUUUAUAUAAAGUACUUUAAUGUUAAAGUGAAAUUCCAGUAAACCCCACUUUCUGUUGGGUUACUGGAACAGGAAGUCAGGACAGCUACGGAAACACACUUUGUAUAGUGGAGAUGGGUUAGAACAGGGGUGUCCAACCUUUUGACCUUCCUGGGUCACAAUGGAAGAAGAGGAAUUGGCUUUGGACACACAAAAAAUACACUAACAAUAAGGAUAGCUGAAAAAGUUGGGCAGAUCACAAAUUAAUGAUCACUGAUAUAGAUAAUGUGCCUACAGUACCUGAGUAAUAAGUUUCCUUGAACAAUCUUCCUUCUUCUGCAACUUUUUUUUUGGGGGGGGGGGGGUACUGUUGGCUUUAUGUGAAAGCCAUACUAGUAUUAAAAGAACAAUAGAUAUGGGGAGUGAAUUUCAACUAUGGGGACUCUGGGGAGGUUUUGGAAGGAGGGCCAAACUGAAAUCAGUAGUCCCUGCCUUAGCUGCUGCCGGUGCUAUAACAAACUCGCUCUAGAGGUGCCUGUGCCUUGAUUCUCAUUGUGAGCCGCUGCACGGCAUCCCUCUAUCGGUGCUUGUCCUUGUAGACCACCAUGGUUCUGUGCUUGCACGGUGUCCCUACAGACAUGCUGAACUUUCUUGGGCUGUGCAUUGGACACCCCUAGGUUAGAACAUUUGUCAGGUUUUUGUUGCAGUCUGUGUCCUUGCCAUGUCCCUACAUAUUUUUUUUUACGAUACUAGGACAGCAAGUGAGAAAAAUGCUCCCCAAUGGGGACAACAAUAAAAACUUCCCUCUAUCCAAAACUAAAGAAUGUUGUCUGGGAAUUCUACUUUAAAGUGGUUUGGAGUUUGGUUUACUCAUUGGUAAAAGUAUCAGUGUUUUUACUCAGGCAGCAAUGUAUAUUAGGAGUUUAAUGAUACAUCCGAGAGAGUUAAGUAUUUAAUUGAAUGGCGCCCAUCUGGGGAGGAGGCGAUUGGAUCCAGAUGUGGAAACCACACUUCCCCAUCCACACAGACCCAUUUCUGGAGAUCAUCUUUCUGUGCAAGCCCAAGAAUUCCUUAACUCUAUCACUCCCAACCCUCCACGUAAUCUAGGUUAAAAUCACUGGAACAUGGCCCCUGAAAUGGUCAUUUACAGUGUUAAACUUAUGUAGGGCACGUAACACAAACACACACAAUAUGAAAAGAUCAAUUUCUGUCCUUGCAUCAUAAUAUAGAAGACUAAUGCUGUCCUGUUACAGGAAGGAUGACAUUUUUUAACCCAGCAGAAAAAUGAAAUUGGAGAAAAUCCUUUCAUUAGAUUACUGCUGAAGUGAAUGGAAAAUGAAACUAGGUGUCAGAAGAGAUGGUUUCUAGCGAUGUCAGGGGAGGCAGACUACAGGAAUAUGUAAUAGUAGCAGGCUGCUAAAAUACUCAUGUACAUUCCUCUGUGUACUUCCCUCCCAAUCCCUCCUUCACAGGAAUUUUCUGCAAGCAGAAUAUAUAACGGCACAAUUGGAAGCAGAUGACACAACGCAAUGAUCCAGCAAGAAAGCUGCAUUUAACUGCUCGAGUGCCAGAAUAAAGACAAUAUGCAAUUUAUGUGGUACUAUUUAAUAAUAGAGGAAAGGUCAAUUGUGUACUAUAAUCAUCAUAUUAGCUACUCUAGCUGAUGUUGUUUAUACAGUUAUCACAUUGGAACACAUGCCUAUGCUGUGGUCUCUUCUCUCUUGACUAGGAAUUAGCAUUCCUAAUGAUAUGUCCCUCAUGUGGCAGGAAGGCAACCCGCUAUGACAGAUCUGGAAUGAGGUGGGGGCUCCGCGGCUUCGGUUUACACAAAUAAUCCACUAAUUAAACUACGAAUCAUUGAAGUCUCCAUUAAUACUAUAAAACCCAGAGAUUAAAAGCGUUACAUUUGCA